AUGGCCAUCGAAACUGCACCCUUCCCGCUUGCUCCCACCGCUGACGCGGGGAAGAUGAAGGAGUUUGGACGGAUUGUCAAGGACGUCCACCCGGGCAAGCUCACACCAGAGCAACUCGAAGAACACGGCGCACUCCUCUUCCCUAAUGUCGUCGUCACUCCAGAGGAACAGUAUGCUCUCACAAAGGCAUUCGAUCCCCAGUCCGAGAACUAUGGCCACGGCAACAACAAGACUGGCGAGACGAAGAAGUCUAUCCUCCAUCCAGACCUCAAGACGAUCCCCCGCGUCCCCCAAGUCCAGCUCAUUGGCAAUGGCACCGUCUAUAACCACGAGGGCCUCGCAGAGGCAAAGCUCAAGCACCCUCAUCACAAGACCUUCCAUGCAAAUGCCAUUUCGGAUGAAGACGAGGAGAAGGGCUAUACACGCUUUUACCGCUGGCAUAUCGAUGCGGCCCUUUAUGACCUUGAGCCUCCAAAGGUGACGACCCUUUAUGGCCUCAAGGUUCCUCGCGGACCUUCGCAAAUCUGCCGCUACGAUGAUGGUACCGGCGACGAGCUCCCAGUUCCUCUGGGUACCACUGCCUUCGUCUGUGGCGCGACCAUGUUCGACAUCCUCCCACCGGAGCUCAAGUCUCUCGCAGUCCGCUCCAAAGUCCGCUAUGCCCCCCACCCUUACGUCUGGAUGGCACCGGCACGUUCGAACACAACUGGACUGGGACUCUUGACCGAGAACAAGGAACUUGCUCUAUCCGAGCUCCCAGAAUGGAGCGAAGACAAGAUAAAGGUCUUACCCAUGCUCUGGAAGAACCCAGUUACGGGUCUCCUGCAUUAUCAAGUCCAUCCUUCUGGCGCUGCCGCAAUUGAAGUUGCACCACUCCCUGAAGGUGCAAAUCGGGAAGGCGCAUUGUACCCUGACGGCGCAACCAUCACCGAUCUCAAAGAGGUCCGUGACUUGCUUUACAAGAUGCAACGUCCAGGCAUUGCACCCUCGCUCGUCUAUGCGCAUGAUUGGAACGAGCUUGACUUUGUCUUGUUCCAUAACCGUGGUGUCUUGCAUAGCGUUGUCGGCGCAUUCAAGCCGGAUCAAGUCCGUGCUUUCCAUCAAUGCAACCUUGCCGCGUCCGACACGCCCGCUGGGCCAUCUGAAGAGGAUGUCAAGAAAGUUUGA